AUGUACUUAUCAAAGAACACUUAUUAUUUCAGCAAAGCCUAUCAAAAGUCGUUAUCUUUGAAGGAUUUUCAUAAACUGGACACCACACCAGAAACUGUCAAGAGAAAUAUGAGCAGUGCAACACUCUACAAAGACUUAUAUGAUGAAGAAUUGUGUACAGUUAGUUUCUCGACACCACGUAAAAAGACAUUAGUCCACAACGUCACCUUGUUCACAACCGAACACGUCAUGAAACUCGGAAGACUAGGCAACAUGAUGUUCAGAUAUGCUGGCAAUUUGGGAAUUGCUCGAAAACAAGGCAGACAAAUGUUUACUGAACCUGGUACAGACUUGGGACAGACCUUUAAAUUAACACAUGAGGGAGUUCACGAAGAAGCCGAAACAUGGCCUGUCAUCACAGAAAAGAAUUUGCUUGAUUUCGAUUCAAAAUUGAUGAAUCUGCCUUUGCGAAACCUGCGAAUUGAUGGCUACCUACAGUCGUUUUGCUGUUUCGCAGAAAUAAUAGAUGAGGUGAGACAAGAAUUUACCUUCCAGGAUCACAUCGCUGUUGUUGCAGCCAAUAUUCUCCGCGAAGUGUAUUUAAAUUAUAACGCUUCUAUGAUUGUAGGAGUUCAUGUUCGGCGUGGUGACUUUCUAAUGACAGAAUGGAACAGUUUAGGUUUUACAGUUCCGAGAAAGUCCUAUUUCACCAAAGCUUUUAACCUGAUGAAAUCAAAGUUUCCAGGCAGAACCAUUAUAUUCAUAGUUGCCAGUGAUGAUUUGCCAUGGUGCAAAGAAAAUUUGUCAGCAGAAGAUGUUAUUGUUAUGCCGCCUGCGUCACCUGCUGUUCAUUUAGCUGUGUUGUCCAGCUGUGAACAUGUGAUCAUGUCCAGUGGUACUUAUGGGUGGUGGGCUGGAUGGCUGGCUAAUGGACAUGUUAUUUACUAUACAGGUUUUUUGCCGAAAGGAACUUUUCAAGGAAACCUACUCAACAAACGAACGUAUUACCCGCGACAGUGGAUAGGGGUUGGAGAUUGA